AUGUUGCUCUCUACAGCCAAGCUCGCCAAGCGACUUGCAAAGCCGGUGGACCAAGACAUGUUCUGGUCGUUUGAGAGUGAUCCGUGCCAGUGUAGCAUUGAUACAGCCUCGAUCGACAUGUUCCGCGAGACGAACACGGACGACCCCCUCUGGCAGCUUGUGGCUUUGGCAGCCGGCACUGGCGGGUCCGUGCUGUCCAUUGGCAGCAUCGCCGGUGUGACUCUGAUGAGCAUGGAGCAUGUCGGCUUCAUAUGGUACUUCCGAAAGGUGGGAAUCUGGGCUGCUCUCGGAUUCUUCAGCGGCAUCGGCGUGUAUCAGCUGGAGCGACUGAUCAUUACCGGUGGUUCCUGA